AUGCUUGAGUUGAAUACAUUUAAACUUUAUCCACGCUAUCCAUGGGAUGAGUGCCGACUACAUAUUUGUUUAAAUACACUUACAGACAUUUUUUCUCUCUCCAGCGAGCAUGGGGAAAUCUUGACGUUUGAAGAUGAAGAUGUAAAGGCGUCCAUCGAGGAAGAGUCGGAUACCGCGCCAGGCACGAGACUCCAAGAAUCUGCCAUGCGAAGAGCGCGCUCUGCCGACCAGAGAGGUGAAGGCUCUAAUCGCUUGCAGAAUCAGGCGGUUGUCCUUCCAAUGAUGUCGGGCUCAGCAGCUGCCGACUUUGGGGCCAUCAGUACUGAGGAGUGGGACAGCACUGAGUCUGACAAUGAGGCGUAA